AUGGCUUCUCCAGGCCGCUGUCUGACCUUGGCCAUUGUGGUUCUGGCAGCAAGAGCCUCUGCCCUGGGCCAACAAGCCAUAGUGGGCUUCACCAGCUCCCCCAAUAGCCUUCAGAUCGCGGGCGGGCCUAUAUCAGCCGGGCAAAUACGCGUCUCGCCGAACGAGUACUGGGGUGUCAUACGUGCAGCAAACGACCUGGCCGUGGACUUUGGGCGAGUGACGGGGACCAAUUACACCCUCAGCAAUGGAGAUUCUGGAGCUUCUCCUGCGACCUAUGGCUAUGACCCGGUAAACAACAAGAACAAUACUGAGUUCUCAACCACAGCAAAGACAGAGUUCGCCGGGCCUAGCUAUUCGGAUCCAAAUGCAGGAAGCACAGUCAUAAUUGUUGGAACUAUUGGUCGUUCUAACAUCAUCGACGAUCUCGCAUCAUCCAACAAACUCGAUGUUUCCGAAAUCAAGGGCAAAUGGGAGGCAUUCAUCAGCCAAGUUGUUUCAGAACCGAUUCCAGGAGUUGCUCGAGCGCUUGUAGUCGCGGGCAGCGAUCCUCGCGGAACCAUAUAUGGCAUCUACGACAUUAGCGAGCAAAUAGGCGUCAGCCCCUGGUACUUUUGGGCCGAUGUGCCUACUAAAAAACACAAAGACAUCUUUGCCCUAUCCGAGAAGAAAGUGCAAAAUUCUCCAACCGUAAAAUAUCGCGGUUUCUUUGUCAACGAUGAGCAGCCAGAUCUUACCAACUGGGUGUCGUCGCGCUGGCCAGACACGCCAUACGGACCCGGGUACGAGCACAGGUUCUACGCGCUCGUGUUUGAAGUCCUCUUGCGCAACCGGGCCAACUACCUCUGGCCGGCCGUCUGGGGCACCAUGUUCCCCGUCGACGACCCGGCGAACCAGCCACUGGCCGACGCGUACGAGGUGGUCAUGGGCACUUCGCACACGGAGCCCCUGAUGCGGGCGCAAAACGAGUUUGGCAAGUUCUACCAGGGUCCGUGGGCCUACAACCUCAACAACGAGACCAUCGACGACUACUUUCGGUACGGAGUCCAGCGCGCCAAGCCGUACGCACGCAACUCGCUCUGGACGGUCGGCAUGAGAGGGACGGGCGACACGGCCAUCUCGGGCCUGGGCACCGACAAGAUCGUCACCAUGCUGCAGACGCUCGUCGAGAACCAGGCGAGGAUCAUGGAGGAUGGUCUAGGCGUCAACCGCACCGAGAUCCCGCAGGCCUGGUGUCUGUACAAGGAAGUGCAGUCUUACAUCUUUGAGGGCUUGAGGGUACCGGAUGAGGUAACGCUGUUGUGGGCCGAUGAUAAUUGGGGCAACGUGAGACGGUUUCCUCUCAAGAACGAGACGAGCCGGCACGGCGGUGCGGGAGUCUACUACCACUUUGACUAUGUGGGAGAUCCACGUAAUUAUAAAUGGGUCAACACCAUCCAGUUGUCAAAGACUGCCGAGCAAAUGCAUAUGGCGUACGCUCGCGGAGCCGACAGGAUCUGGGUCGUCAACGUGGGCGACAUCAAGGCCCAAGAGAUUCCCAUCAGCCACUUCUUCGACAUGGCCUACGACGCAAAGAAGUGGACGGUCGACGCGACGCACAACUGGGCCAAGGCUUGGGUCACGCGCGAGUUUGGAGCACAGCACGCCGAUGAAAUUGCCGAAAUUAUGAUGACGUACGGCAUGUACGCGGCCCGAAGGAAGUUUGAGCUCGUCGAGCCCAACACCUUCUCGGUGCUGCACUACCACGAGGCCGACGCGGUGCUGGAGCAGUGGGCCGUCCUGCACGAGCAGGCACAGGCGGUUUAUGUUCAGCUGGGCGAGGAGUACCGGCCUGCCUUCUUCCAGAUGGUGCUACAUCCCAUCAUUGGUGGGGAGAUCCUGUACAAGAUACAGAUCUCAGGGGCCAAGAACCAGCUCUAUGCAGGACAGAAGAGAAACUCUGCCAACGAGGUCAUCAAGGGCAUGCUGGCACUGUCUGAUGAUGAUGCCAAUCUCACAAAGAGGUGGAAUCAGAUGUUGGAUGGGAAAUGGGAGCACAUGAUGGACCAAACACACCUCGGCUACGACGGCUACUGGCAACAGCCCAUGAGAAACACGCUCCCGGAUGUCCGCUUUGUGCAGACGGCAUGGUCGUCACUGGCAGGUCAGCUCGGGAUCGGUGUCGAGGGAUCCAACGCAACAGCCCCGGGAGACGACAAGUACCACGAUAACUCAUCUAACAACCUCCGCGUCCCGCCCAUGGAUCCUUAUGGGCCCAUCACACGCUACUUUGAUCUAUUUUCCCGCGGCGUAGAUGUCUGCGAGUGGAACGCAAGCCCGUGGCAGCCGUGGGUGAAGCUAUCGGCUUACAACGGACGGGUUGGUGGGCAGGAAGACGACACGCGGGUGUUCAUCAAGAUAGACUGGGAUGCCGUGCCGUCCAACAUCACCAGCACGGUGGUCAACAUCAACAUCACAACCCCCUGUCGUGGCAAGGAUAAGUAUGGAUACGGGCUGCCUAUGGUGCAUGUGCCUAUCAACAAGCGCUCUGUACCGGGCAACUACAGCGAGGGCUUUGUCGAGGCCGACGGCGUGGUCAGCAUAGAGGGCGAGCACUACCAGCGCGUCGUCAACGCCUCGCAACCAUCCAACACUAGCCUCUCGUACCACACCUUCAAGAACUACGGAAGGACCAUGUCAGGAGUCGGGCUGUGGCCUCUGGACACGGACAAGGUGACGAUCGAGGAGGCGCCCGCGCUCGAGUAUGACGUCUACCUCUUCAGCAACCACUCUGCCGCCAACGUGACCGUCCUCAUCUCGCCCACGCACAACUACCUGGGCGACCGCACGCCGCUCGCCUACGCCGUCGCGCUGUUCCGCGCGGACGAGGCCGCCCCGACCAACCCGACCGUCGUCACGCCCGUCGGGGCCACCGUCGGCGCAGGCAUGCCCGAGGGCUGGGGCGGCGCCGUCGCCGACGCCGUCUGGGGCCGUCAGGGCAACUUCACGACGUCGCGCUUCUCCGUUCCGCGGCCCGGGGCGCACAAGCUCCGCAUAUGGGCCCUCAUGCCUAGCGUCGUUGUGCAAAAGAUCAUCAUCGACAUGGGCGGCCUCAGGCCGAGCUACCUGGGCCCGCCUGAGAGCUUUCUGUUGGGGAGGGAUAAGCUGGGCGAGUACAACCAGACCAGCUUCCUGAACGCGCCUGGGGUUGUUGGCGGGGCGGGCAAUGGGAACCUGACGAGGAUCGGGAUGGCGAAGGAGGGCGCUGCUGCGAGGGUCGAUGUCGGCGCUGUUGGGCUUUGGGUGAUUUUGGUUGGGUGGUUUGCCGUCUUUCUGAUGUGA